AUGAAUGCCAGAUUACGCCGUGUCCUUCUUAUUUCAUCCACUUCGGCUCUUCUCUCAGAACCGGAAACCAACAAACUUCAUACUGAUCCAGAGGUAGUAGAGCCAACAUCCCCUGAUGAAAGCCAAAAUAACUACCAGAAUGAAGAUGAGAUACAAAAAGAAUAUCUCUGGAGCACCCUUCCCGUGCGAUAUCCAGUCUCGUCGAUGCGACCAUUACCUACGCAAGUACCUCUAGAGCUCCCCAAAGUCCAGGCAAGUCACUGGGGCCUUUCUCAAACCAAGUCAAAUGUCCAAAGACAAAGACAGAAAGCUGUCAAGCAAGCGUUCGCGCGUUGCUGGGAAUCUUACAAGUCUCGAGCAUGGAUGAUGGACGAAAUUACACCUAUCGGCGGAUCGUCAACAAAUUGGUUUGGAGGGUGGGGAGCAACUUUAGUUGAUAGCCUUGAUACUCUCUGGAUAAUGGAUAUGCGUGAUGAGUUCAGGGAGGCAGUUGCUGCAGUUGUGAGUAUUGAUUUUGAACAUACAACUCUUGGCAGUGUCAACGUUUUCGAGACAAACAUUCGCUACCUGGGCGGAUUUCUGGCCGCUUACGACCUGAGUGGGGACUCAAGGUUGCUGAAAAAAGCCAUUGAAGUUGGGGAGAUGCUUUAUGUUGCCUUCGAUACGCCAAACCGAAUGCCUAUCACUCGAUGGGACUUUAAGUCGGCCGCAGAGAACGGCGAGCAAAUAGCCGAAGAAGGAACAUUAUCUGCUGAGAUCGGCUCGUUCACAAUUGAAUUCACUCGUUUAUCCCAGAUUACCGGCAAUCCGAAAUGGUAUGAUGCUUGUCAGCGCAUCAUGGAAAUCUUUGAUAGGCAGCAAACUGAUACCAAGCUGCCUGGAAUGUGGCCGAUGGUGGUCAAUGCUCGAAAAGAGUUAUUUGCCGAGGGUGAUACUUUCACCCUGGGCGCAAUGGCUGAUUCCCUGUAUGAAUACCUCCCAAAGACAUAUGCAUUGCUUGGCGGAGUAUUUCCGAUGUAUCAAAAACUGUAUGAAUAUUCCAUGGACACUGCGAUCAAAUAUAAUUUCUACCGUCCAAUGAUCCCAAAUGGAGAAGACAUCUUGAUAUCCGGCGCUGUACAAGUGUCUGAAGAAAACGGAAACCAACAUAUCACCAUUGAUGAGUCAGGCCAACACCUAGUAUGCUUCGCCGGAGGAAUGCUCGCUCUCGGAGGCAAGUUAUUCGGCAAUCAAUCUCAUAUCAAAAUUGCAGAGAAACUCACCGACGGCUGCAUAUGGACCUACAAUACCAUGCCCUUAGGGAUAAUGCCCGAAGUAUUCAACAUGAUACCUUGCCCUGACUCGUCGAAUUGUCCUUGGGAUGAAGAAACCUGGAAGCAAGAGGUUCUAAAACGAUCAGAACAGGCACAGUCAGGAGAUUUAAACAAAGCUCAAGAUAUAAUCGACUCCCAACGCCUUCCUCCAGGCUUUACAAAAAUCUCAGAUACUCGAUAUAUUCUUCGCCCAGAGGCAAUUGAGAGUGUUUUUAUUUUAUAUCGAGUUACGGGCCGUGAUGAUUUACUCGAUUCUGCAUGGGCUAUGUUUGAUACUAUCCAGAAACAUUCCAAAACGGAGCUAGCUAAUGCCGCCUUGUCCGAUAUUACAGUUACGGAUGGAAAUCCUCCAAAAAUAGAUUCAAUGGAGAGUUUCUGGAUGGGAGAGACACUAAAGUACUUUUACUUGGUUUUCAGCGAUCCGAGCCUCAUCAGCCUUGACGAUUUUGUCUUCAACACAGAAGCGCAUCCGAUGCGGAGACCGAAAGCAAGCUGAAUUCAAAUUUUCGUUUAAUUACAUUUGUUUUAUAUAUUCUAGCUAGUCUAGAAAGCGUAAUCACGAACAGAACUAUCAAUAACGGGUGUGUAAUGCGCUAUCUCUCACAACCCCUGAUUCUAUAUCAGCAGCAAUGGUUACAGAGUCCAUAGAAGGUUUUCAAUCAGUGUCUCAACAAUAAAGGUAUCAGACUUGACAAGUUGUUGGUUUUAUACAGGCUGGAAUUGAUGACGAGAUAUGCUGCUAGCAAUAUCAAAUGUCUGUGGAUACCUUCAAGACAAAUGACCGGAUAGACAUUGAGUGUCAAUGCUUCGAUGUCCCUGUGUAUACUAUAGCACUUGAAAAUACAUAUGCCAGAGCUCUCAACAG